AUGUCCCAAAUCACCCAACUCGCCUCCAAGCUCUUUUCAACCGACGGCUUCUCUCCCGUCAAGACCGUCCCCACCGAAAAGCGCGUCCGCGGCGUCCUAAACGGCAACACCGUCUUCGACACUACCUCCGCCCUUCUAGUCUGGGAACACAAAUACUUUCCCCAAUACUGGAUCCCCAAGUCCUCCUUCCUCGACACCGUCACCUUCACCAAAGACAAGCCCAUCAGCGGCAUCGAAAGCUCAACGUACACCCUCAGCACCCGACCCGGCUCCGACAACAAAACCGCCCCAGCACUCCACGUGCCCGAGUCUUUCAACUCCGAGUUGGCAGGUUACGUAAAGAUCGACUUCAAGUCCCUCGACACCUGGUUCGAAGAACUCACUCCGGUCCUCUACCACCCCAAAGACCCCUUCCACCGCGUCGACCUCCUCCCGUCUGGCCGUCACAUCCGCGUUGAGACACCCUCCGGCACCCUCCUGGCUGACACGGGGUCCGAAGGCGGCGUCGUGAGUUUGUGGGAGACGAACUUCCCGGGUCGGUGGUACCUCCCCGCCACAGCACUACGGUGGGAGUUGUUGAGGGCAAGCAAGACGAAGACGGGGUGUCCUUACAAGGGAGAGGCGAGCUACUACUCUGCUGUCGUGGAAGGGGAAAAGGACAUAGAGGAUGUGGUGUGGUACUACGAAAACCCAACGCUGGAGUCAGCGGGCGUGAGGGGAAUGUAUUGCUUCUACCCGGACAAGGUGCGGACGUGGGUUGAUGGGGUUGAGAUUGAGCGGGUGGGUAUGCCGAAGGCGAGUUUGAAGGAGAUCAGGGGGGUUCAGGGGGCGAAGCCGCCGGAGGCAGAGAAGGAGAAGGUGAACGGGGACAAGAAGUAA